GGCGGUAUUAUCAUCAUGCAAGUGCAAAUUCAAGCAAAGGUAAAACCCAUAGGUGUUCCCGUUUACGAGCUUCCUCAGUAUUUGUGCGUUGAAACCAAAGUUCUUAACGACAGCGUAAAUUCCCACACUCAGGACAAUAUUCCUAUUAUAGACAAGGGACGUGCCAAAAUGUUGGGCCUAAUCGACGAUCAGGAGGAGAAGAAUAGUCCGGUUGAGCUUAUGUGUUCCUGCACCCAGACCCUAGAUCCGUUGCCGCCACGACGUGAUCGCUUUAUGCAAAGUGAUGUCAAAACUACAAAGGAAGUGGCAAUACAAUGCAACAGAGAUGGAGAUGAGGAAAUUUCGGAAAUCACCGACCCGGUAAGGAGUGAUCCCGUGGAGCGCCUGGAGUCAGAAGCCGAAUUUCUUUCAUUUGUCAGCGAGCACACGAAUAUGUAUCCGAACGGCAUGUUGGAGUGCUUGUUCUGUGGAGAUGUUUCAAUUGCACUACAACCUCAUCAGCACCACAUGGCCAUGCACUAUGGCCCCAAGAGUCUGUGCGCCUCUUGUGGCAAGCAAGUUGAUCAGGGUUUUUUGCGGCAGCAUUUAUACGAGUGUUCUGCUCAAUUACCUAAAAUAAGGUGGAAGUGCCCGUAUUUUUCCUGCUCUUCGGUAGCUCAGUCUAAACGACAGCUGAACGCUCACAUAAAACGACAUGGCGGUCUCAUUAACUAUCGUUGUUUGAAAUGUCGUCGUGGCUUCGCCACCAUUCUGAGUUUUCUCAUGCAUCGUUACAGCUCAGAUUUAUGUCACAAAGCCAAACUCGGUCAUCUUUGCAAUGGACGUAUACUAUUCGGUAAGCGAACAUUUAAUUUACGGCAAUGUAGCGUUUGUUAUAAAAGAUUCAGCAAUGAGCGUGUUUGUGCGCGACAUCGUGCCCACUGCCUGAGAAGGCAUCAAGCUAAUUUGCAACGGCGCCUAUUUAAACCGCCCAAGACAAAGUAG